AUGGCAACCUGCCGACCCAAUGAUGCGGAUGAUCGAAAAUCAGACGGCCGCAAUUUCCAGGUCGAAUAUGCGGUCAAGGCUGUCGAGAAUGGUGGAACAGCUAUCGGUAUUAGGUGCAAGGACGGCGUUGUUCUAGCUGUCGAGAAGAUUAUUACCAGCAAACUCCUGAAGGCCGGCGCGAAUAAGAGGAUAGCUACCGUGGAUCGCCAUGUUGGCAUCGUCUCCGCUGGAUUAACCCCUGAUGGCCGACACUUCGUUUCCCGUGCUCGAGAUGAGGCAUCCUCGUGGCGAGGUGUAUACAAGGGGCCGAUCCCCGUUUCCGCUCUCGCAAACCGCCUUGGUAGCUAUGUACAAGCCUACACACUCUAUUCUAGCGUCCGACCUUUCGGCGUGACCUCUAUUGUUGGAGGCUGGGAUUCUGAAGCUGAGCUUGCCGUCGACGGCCAAGUAGGAAGUGGCCCCAAGUCGGGUUCUGGUGGGAAGGUCGAGGGCGCCAAGUCUGGAGGGCCAGGCUUGUACAUGAUUGAGCCAAGCGGUCUAUAUUGGGGAUACUAUGGCGCUGCUACCGGCAAGGGAAGACAAGCCGCCAAGGCUGAGCUUGAAAAGCUAGACCUGAGCUCCGAGAAGCUCAGUCUUCUCGAUGCCGUGAAGGAGGCUGCUCGCAUCAUCUAUGUCGCUCACGAAGACAGCAAGGACAAAGACUUUGAGCUGGAAAUGUCAUGGAUUAGUUCACUAGACGGCCCAACGAAAGGCAGGCACGAGGAGGUACCGAAGGAGCUCCUGGAAGAGGCAGAGCGAGCCGCCAAGCGAGCCUUGGAAGGAGAGGAUGAGGACGAGGAAGAGGGGGCGAAAGCCAAUGAGGGCGAGCGAAUGGAAGAGUAAAGCUAGGUAGCAAACCAAACCGG